CAAUGUUGAAGUCCAUUGAGGCACCAAAAUGGCUAGGAUCACCAUUUUCUUACUGCUCACGUGCGCUUUUGGAUAUUCGAUAUGCUCGGAAUCUACGUCCGCCGCCUCGGAAAAAUUAGAACCAUCUAAAGAGCACAAGGACAAUAAAGAUGUGGACGUAGCGGAUAGACGAAUUGUUUAUUCGUCAGAUAAUUCUGGACUCCCACAGAGACCACAGCUGAUGAAAAACGUCUUGCCAGUAGAAUGUCAUGUGUGCAGCGAUUGUCCAAAUGUUAACGAAGAAACUCCAUUAAAACUGUGCCCUUACAGUUCAGAUCCAAGAAAAAGAGGGAAAUGUGUGACAUACGCAGAAAAAUAUAAACAUAUGCAAAGAACCUGGUACAUCCGAGGCUGUGCAUCUGAACGAGGCUCCUGUGACGACAUAAGACGGUCUCACGAAAACUUCGGUGAGACGGUCAGCCUGCUCUCUUGCGUAGAGUGUGAGGGAGAUAAAUGUAACCGAAAUGGAGCAUCGACACUUGCAGACUAUACUAUAGCGUUCAUCACGCUUAUAGUAACACCAUUUAUUUCUAAGGCUACUUUAUCCUAAACGAACAACAAGGCUUUGAUUAGAGGCAUAAAAGAUGAUUGCACUAUUAAAAAAACAAUAUCAAUGUAUAUUGACUUACUAAUAAGACCACAGUAUUGGAUAUAAAAAAACUUAUAGAACUUUUAUGUCUCUAAUAAAACAAAUGUAGCCCUACCAGCGACGAAGACAAAGCUUCGAACAAAUGUUAGUAUUGAGUAAUUAUUAUUUAAGAGCCUGCUAAUGUCUCAAUGUUAGUAAAACGAUUUCCUACAA